AUGGUUUGUCAAGCUCUGGGUUAUCAGUCAGGAAAGGAAAGGGACGGCUCUGUACUCUAUCGUAGUGUAGCUCCAGCAGCUAGCCACCGGCGGUCACCUCUGGCCCAAUCUUCCCCAUGAUCCUUCUAUUGAAGCAUAUGUUUGCUCUCAAUCAUAGAAACGUACCGCUUUUGACCCGGACUGCGACAAGCCUUUUGACUUGAGCUGUGUGCUGUGUGCUGUGUGCUGUGUGCUAUGUGUGGACACGAGGUCAAGAUGAGUAAUGAUAAUAUUCUCAUUCUUGAAACAGGAGCGUGAAGGCGUUAAGCCUUGUCAAGAAACAGGAGCGUGAAGAUCGUUGGAAACAGUGACACUCCGGCAGUUUCUUCAGUGAAGACUAUUUCAAAUUGUUUAUUAUUUCUUAAGUUUUGUUGUUUUUAAUCCUGAUCGUCCAUCUCUUUUAAGUUAUAACGGCUGAGAUGAAAGUUACGUGAAAAAUGUGGGGCCCACAAAUUGCAACUGUCUUUAACGACCAUUACUCUCGCUCUUUCCUAUAAAUUGUACUCAAUGUGUUUGAUGAAAUGCGAGAAGUAGAGAGGCUGCUCUGUUUUCUUUGAAAAUAUUCGUGCCUUGAUUCUUCCUCAUUCUCUUCAGUUCCUUUGAUUCCAACAUUUGGAAUCAGAGCCUGGUUGCGGAGACAAGACAGAAGAUGCUGCACUGUGGAGAUGCUACGGAAGGCAAGAGGUCGUUCGUUGCAAGCGGAGCUGUGAAAGGACCUGGAGAUGUCGGAUAUCCAAGUACGUUCCCAUCUUGAAUAAGACCACUUAUCAAGUGUGGGCGAUGUGUAUGCAACUCCACUUAGAGGCUCACAACUUAGGGGAUGCUAUUGAGCCAGAGACAAUAGCAAGAAAGAAGGAUCGACAAGCCCUCUCUGUGAUGCUCGGAGCCGUGUUAGAAGACAUCUAGACACAACUUGACAUCACAAAAAUGGCAAAAGAAACUUGGGAGCUUUUCAAAGCGAAAUAUGUGGGAGUGACCUGUCUCACGAAAUCAAGACUUCAAGGUCUCAGGCGAGAAUUUGAGAUGCUUCAAAUUGGAGAUGAUGAAACUGUGACAGACUUCGUCGGAAAAUUGUCUUGA